GGUGAAGCUGAAGCGGCGGAGAUACCGGGAGCGGAGCUGUCUGUAAGUGAGAGCGAACCACAGCAACACUUCGGGCGCUCUCCCUCAUCUCUCUGCGGUGAAUGGCGGUGGGAUGGAGCACGAGGGCAGCGGCGGCAGCGAGGGGUCGGCCAGGCUCCUGCAGCAGAUCCUCAGCCUGAAGCUCGUUCCGCGAGUGGGCAACGGGACCCUGUGUCCGAACUCCACUUCUCUCUGCUCCUUCCCAGAGAUGUGGUACGGUGUGUUCCUGUGGGCACUGGUGUCCUCUCUUUUCUUUCAUGUCCCUGCUGGAUUACUGGCCCUCUUCACCCUCAGACAUCACAAAUAUGGUAGGUUCAUGUCUGUAAGCAUCCUGUUGAUGGGCAUCGUGGGACCAAUUACUGCUGGAAUCUUGACAAGUGCAGCAAUUGCUGGAGUGUACCGAGCAGCAGGCAAAGAAAUGAUACCAUUUGAAGCCCUCACCUUGGGCACUGGGCAGACGUUUUGUGUAGUGGUAGUCUCCUUUUUACGGAUUUUAGCUACUCUAUAGCAUACACCCUUAUGCUAUGACAUUGAACCUAAGUUUUAUGGAAUCCUCAAAAAGAAUAUAAUAUGAAAGGUAGUGUUUUCUUAGUUCUUCAAAUGGAAGCAACUUGGAUGAAGAAGUAUGUGAAGCACAGCAUCUCAGCCUUUUCUUCAAUUUGAAGCUCCAGAAAUUGAAGCUCUUUUUGGACUCCUGUUGUUCUCAACCAAAACAAAUCAAGUUUCAUUUUGUUUUGUUUUUAUAUUUAAUUUAAGCAGUUUUACAGGUGCACCUUUACCCAAAACCAGGUCAACGGUGCUUCUGGGUUUGUAGUCUUCGCACUGUAAUUUAACAAUAUUCUGUGAGAAAAUGCAACAUUGCAUAUUUCAGAAGAGCUACAGAAAAUAUUGGUUUGUUUCUGAGCAGAGGAUACUAUACUAAAAUACUUACUUGAUCUAAUCAUGAUUUAAAUUUGGCAGACUCUUCUUUUGCUACAUCUUCAUGUAAGUGCCAAAUAGAUUUUGGUUGACUAAAGUUUUGUGAGCAAAUUUGGUGAAAUAAAACGGGGGGAAAAAUUAUCUAUAUACACACACACACACACGAAAAACACAAGUAGUAGCUUUGAUUCCACUGUUGUUUUUUAAAAAGGAAAUAACUACUGAACGAUGUGACAUUUCAUGGAUAACUAUCUUGACCUCUGAUUAUUUAAUAUAUUUUAAGAGAUGUGAAUUUGUUAUUUUAUGCAUUUUAUCAAAAUAAGCUAGUUAAUUGAGACUUUUUUUCAGAAUUCUAGUACUACCUUUUCCUAUCACUUUUAUUCUAUUAAUUUUAUUUGGUUUCAUUGGAAACAUACCCUAUUAAGUAACUCGAGUUGAAAAUUUUAAGCCAGAUGGGUUAGGAUAGCUCUUGACAUUAAGGCACAUAAAAAAGUUACUUGAAACAUUGUUACAGUUUUUCUUAGUGACUUUGGUUUAUUACUGGCUCUUGAAAAAUUGUACAAGUAUAGCUUAAAGUAGCAUUAGGAUUAUUGAUUUCUUAGUUUUAAUACCUACUUAGUCUUCUUAGUUACUUAAUGGUGGGUCUUCAGCCCACUUUUACAGUAUUGGAUGUCACUCCCAAAAGUGCCUAACGUUUAAUUUUUAGAUAUGCCUUCUACUGUGUCCUUUACAUUUUCCUUUAUGAGAAUUUAUGUCCUUAAAGAGAAUUAUAUAUUGAGUUUUUUAAAACCCAAUUUUAGCUAUUUAAAAAUUUCUUCUACUACCUGACUUUCAUUUUCAGUAAAAGGCCUGAAAACUGUGAUCUUCAAAACAGAAAGGAUUGCAAAAAUUAAAUACCUAACUUGAUCCUUUCUACUAAAACUGUUUUGUAUGGAAUACAAUCAAUGUUGUUGUUAUCUGUUUUCAAAAUAGCUUCUGGUAAUUAAGUCUGACAUUUUUAAAGGAAAGUUUUCAUUGUGAGAGUAAGGCUCACAACCCAUGAGGUCAUGUACGCAUGAAUGUGUCUGUUCCACUUAAGAAAGUGGAAUAUGUAUUCUGGUUUCUGAUUAAAAAUAGCUGGGAGGACCAAUGUAUUAGGGUUGGUCAAAGAGGAAAAUUACAAAGGGAUCACAAAAAUUACCUAGACAUUUUAUUUUAACUAAUAGGCCAUUUGACCACUUACCAAAAUUAUAGUGACGUAUACUCAGACUAGGUAGAAAAUUACAGGUAGAAUUGGAAUGCAGGCACAUGACAAAGGUCCUAAUAGGAUUACUCUUCAAUGAGCAAAGUUUAAGUCUUUAGUUAAAGACUAUUUUUCAGUUGAAGGAGUUGUGAUUUUGAAAAGUAGCCCUUCAUUCUAAGAAAUUUGGGAUGUUAUAUCCUUAUUAUAAAAAUUAUUUUAAUCAUCUCUAUCGAAAGACACCUCUUAACAUUCUCACCUAAAACAUUCUUUUGGAUAGAAUUAACAAGUGGACCAGUGAUUGAUGAGCCCCUCCCUCUAAAAACUAAUGUUUGAACAUAUUGAUCUAUAAUUUAAAUGUUUGGUUAUUUUUCUUUUAGAGCCAAGACACAAAAAUUAAUGUAUUUUGAAAGAUGUCAUCUGUUUCCAGCUCAUGUGUUUGCUAUAUUUUGAUUAUCCACUCUUCAAAACUGUCAUGUCAUAUAUAAAAUAUAUCUUCAAAUUGAA